AUGUCGCAGCUCUGUGGUGCGCUUCUACUGGCCGCCGCCGCCGCCGCCGCCGCCGCCGCCGUCACGGGCGCAUCGGCCGCUUCCUGCCACGGCUUCGCGGGUACCUGCGGCCGGGCCAUUGCGCGCAACGGCACGUCGGGCCACCCCGGCCCGGAUAUGCUCGUGUACGCGACGUACUGCUUCGAUCAGGCGGGCGAGCGCAACUACAACCCGACGGUGGAGAUCAACACCUGCCUGUCCAACACGUUUGGGCGACUGACGCCUGGGACCGGCUUCGCGUAUAGCUGCCGCGACUUUGGCAUCGACCCAAUCGCCUCCGUGCCUAAUGUUUUCUACGCAACGUGUGCCGAUGGCAAAGGCAAUGAAAUGAAAACGCAAAUCGAUCUGAGUAUGUACAAGACCACCCUCCCUCCUCUCUACCCUCUGCUAAUUCAGAAUUAG